ACCUAUUGAAACAGGAUAUAAGAUAAUAUCCAUCAUUGGUUUGUAUGAUAAUGAGAGGUGGGACUGUCAGGUGUGUAAUAACAUGAUGUGGUUUAUGAUUGAUUGGUCCUACUAGUCUAUACAGUAACACAGCAAGAAAGUGAUACAUUAGCAUCAAUUAUUGAGUUUUUUGCAUUGCAUCAGUGCAGCAAUAGGAUCUAUAGAGACAAUGAAGAUUAUAAUCAUGAUUGUUCAUGAAUGAACUAAGUAGAUCUAUUUCCUUCUUAUUCUCAUAUUACUCAUGUGACCACUGGAAAGGCAGAUACCGAAAAUGGCUAAUUUGACUCCUAAUCCAACAGGACUUAUGGAAGAAUGAGAAUAUAGACCUUAUAACACCAACAGAAAGUCUCAUUGAUGCAAAAUCAUCACUAGGAACCCUGAGUUAUUUAACACUGCCAGAGCCAGAAGUAGUUAACACAAUACAGAGAACGUUAAAGGCUUAUUCUGACAGUGCAUUCAAACAAUUUGGUCGCUAUGCAUCAAGGAAACUGUUCAAAGGUCUAUCAAUGAUAACAUUUCAAUACAUACCAAAAAGAAAAAUCAACAGAAAAAUUUCCUUAUAUAUUUUUUCCCUAUAUGUAGUCUUUUUUACUACAUUUAUAGGAAUUUGCAUUAACACAUCACCAGUGGCAAUGAUUGCACUUGACUUUCUUAUAAAUCCUAUACAAUACUUCAAUAUAAGCUAUCUCAUGGUAUUACACACUCCACCAUCCUCAGACAGAAAUAAAUUGCCUAAUAUUGUAAUGAGAGAUACCAAUAAUGAUCCAACCAGCAUAAGUGCUCCUACUACUGCCAGUGAACUAGAGAAGUUCUCAGACUAUGGAAAGUUGGUUUUCUUGUUCUCCACAUUUUCAGGAGCAAUAUCUUAUUUUUUUCUACUUUUCCGUGUUCUCUGGCCUCAAUAUAUUCAUAAGCAUUACAAAAAAAGAGAAACAGAAGGAGAUGGAGCAGAAAGGGAUUCACUAUUGGAAAAUGAACCAGAUCCCCUCCAUCCUUUUGAUGAUACUGAUGAUGAUACAAGCACUAGAUUAGAGAGGAGUGAAGGAAUUAUGUUUUUGAUAUUCCUCAUCAUAAACAUAGCUCUAGUGGUUGGAAUGGCUGCAGUGUUCUUGAGUGGUCUCUACAUUCACCAUAGCGAUCCUGUUACAAUAGACAACACUACAAAGUACCAACAGUAUCCAAGUGAAGCAGAAUAUUGGACUGGUAUAUAUGACAAGGUACAGAUAUCAGUAAUAGUUGUCUACUACUAUUCUCUUCUCUGCACUAUAUCAAGUUGCUUCAUCUUCUCUAAAGUAAUGUAUGGGAUACAGAAUAAAUGUGAUAAUCUUUUCACAAGUGAUGAUAAUACCACCAUUAGAGAGCGUAUAGAAGAAGAUCAGAAAUUUGUUAAAUUGGCUAUUGCAACUCAAAGUCCGUUUGAGUGGUGGUUCUUCAUUCAUUGGGUAAUGUACAUCAUCACUGCCUUUCUCUCUCUCUCUUUUCUAUUUGAUGCCAUCAGUGAGAAGAUACAAGGUUCUCUACCACACUAACAGGCCGGGAUUAACUUCUCAUCUCAUGAGUUAAUCUUCAUUACUUUAUUUGCUGCAU